GGGAUUGAGAUCUAUCUGUGAUUGCAAUAUAUACCUCCGAAACACUCGGUCUGCCUGGGACUCAACCUGUGUUUGUAUCUGUGACUCAAAUAACUCCGUCUGGUUAAAAAAACCUCAGGAUCCUGCAGGCAACAUGGCCACUGAGAAAAGAUUGUCUGCGAGGCGUAAGCACACCCUUAAAAGCUGCAUGCUGGUGGUGGCGAAUAACUUGCUGGAGGCUGAAGCUCAGACAAAGACUACGGAGCGGGAACGGUUCCUGGCAGAGAAAUGUCCUCCGAUGGAUAUACCAUACUCCAGAGAAGAACUCAUUGAACUUUGCAAGAAACUUCAUCAAGAAAUUAACAUCAGUGAAGAGGAAAGAUACUGCACGGAGUUUAAACUAAACCAGGUGCUGAGUGAGGUCAGGGACCUAAAUAUCAAGAUUGUGGAUCUUAGAGGAAAGUUCAAGAGACCUCGGCUGAAGAAGGUGCGUAUGUCAGCCGACGCCAUGCUGAAGGCUUUGCUGGGCUCCAAGCACACGGUCAACAUGGACCUGAGGGCCAACCUGAAGCAGGUCAAGAAGGAGGUGAAAGAGGAGGACAAGCAGCUGCGUGAUGUGGGAGACUGGCGUAAAAACAUUGAAGACAAGUCUGAUAGGAAGAAAAUGUUUGACAGCUAAAUGUGGCGAGUUAGCGGGUCAUCACUUUUAGGGCUUCAGCUGAGUUCAGUGUCGCAACUGAAGAGUCGUACUAAAACAUGUAAACUUAGACGUGGUGGUAGUUUGGUUCCAUGAAGUGUAGAACUAUACGGACGUGCUUCUGCUGUGCUAAAUGGUCAUAACAGUCUAAAGUGAAUCAUAACUGUUUUUACUGGAGCAGACAUUUGUCUGUUCAGACAGGUUUAGGAAACGUGUGCACGGCUUCAGAGACAUGAAGCAAAGUGCUGGUAGUCUGUUGAAUGUCCAAGUUUCAAAUAAAGCUCUUCAGUUACAAA